AUGCGGACAAUAUCAGCAAUCACGGCAGUAUUUUUAUUAGCUCUAGUUUGGGUUAUAAAUGCUCAAAAAUCAAUUCAUUGGGCAGGAUAUAAAUGGUUUUUGCGUGAUGAUCAAAAUAGUGGACCUGGUCCAAACAAUUGGAACUCAAAUAACGUAUGGGUGGAUAAAAGUAAUAAACUUCAUAUGAAACUUCGUUAUUCACCUAAAAGAGGUGGAUGGACUUGUGCUGAAUUAUACAGCGAUGUAAAAUUUAGUUUCGGCACUUUUCGAUGGUUUGUAGAAGGAGCAAUUGAUCAAUUUGAUCCUAAUGUAGUAUUAGGUCUGUUUACUUAUGGAGGUGUUGAUGGUACAAAUGAAAUUGAUAUUGAAGUAGCUGAAUGGGGUCGAACUGAACGAGCAGCAUCGAAUAUUUUUUAUACAGUCUAUCCACAUACAUUCGGCAUUGCUCAACCAGUAUCAUCUGGUACACAUAUAUCUCUGCAAGGAACGUACACGACUCAUCGGUUUACUUGGACUUCUCAUAAGGUUUCUUUCCUAGGACAACAUGGUUUUAUGACUUCACCAAAUAAAAACAUUUUCUAUUCAUAUCAAACACCAAGAGGAUUUGCAACAUCAAUACCUUAUACUGGUGCUCCUCUACAUAUGAACCUAUGGCUCUUUCAAGGCAAAUCACCCAUUAAUCGUAAAGAGGUGGAAAUAAUUAUUCAUAGUUUCAAGCAUACUAAAGCAUAG